AUGACCUCAACCCAACCUGCUCCUGCUCGAGAAUUUUUUGAAGCCUUUAAAGUUAUCAAGAAGAACGAACAAGCCUCCUCAGCGUGUAUACGAUUCAUUCAAUUGCGACAUUUACAGCACUCCCGGAAAACUGAGAUCCUCCGCCGGAGUGGGAGCCCAAAUGAAGAGACUGCAGCUCCCCCGAUGGAGCGGUUCAGUUCUUUCACCGCGGAUACGGCCCACCACAAGCAAUCUUCCGCAUUCCCCAGUGUGCUAGCAGAGGAGAAUGAACCCAAUGAUGAUGAACACUCAUCAAGUUUCCAUAUAAACCGAACGCCAACCCCUCCUUCACCACCCGUCGAGGCUUCGCUGAAUUCCGCUAAGCUCUCUGCCAUACAUGCUCGACUCUCCCUACCGCAACGAUUACCACUUCAGACGCUAGCUCGCACUCUGGUCGAUGAGUCUGCUGACCCUACUCCGCAGUUCAAUAAUAAAUCCCUCUCAAUUCUUGGCGGUGACCUCCUAACGUAUUACACCUCCGAAUACUUGAUAAGCACAUAUCCGCGGCUCCCAGUUAAAGUCCUCUGGGCAGCGAUGUAUUCCUAUAUUGGAGCGAAGCCGCUGGCAGCGAUGACUAGGGAGUGGGGUCUGGAAUUUGCUGCUGAGCCUGGACCAGAAGUAGACCCGGGUCUUCUACAAUUUAAACGGCUACCUCCAGACACAGUAGUUGAAACCAACUCGAAUGGCACAUUCCUUAGGCGCGAUGGUGGAGUGUCAAAACGCAGUACAAGCGCAAGGAUAAUAUACGGUGAUGCCUUCGGUGAAUCAGCACUUCCAUAUCCCGUUCACCAUGAAGGUGUUACUCCCAACCGAGCCUGUGCAAACUUUGUGCGUGCCAUCGUGGGCGCCGUCUAUCUACAUGCUGGUCGGCCAGCAGCGAAGCAAUUUUAUAAAGAACACUUCACGAGUCGCCAUCUCGAUAUGGCCUCACUGUUUAGCUUCCGGCAACCGACGCGGGAUCUCAGCAAACUCUGCCGUCGGGAAGGCUUCUAA